AUGGGCGUGCCGUUCGUGAACUCAGUGGUGGAACUCGAGCCUCGCGCCGUCGGCUUUCUCGGCUUCCAGCCGGCCUUCUGGGGCGACAUCGCUGGCGAGGUAGUGCACGUGCUCGCGGCGCGGAGCAGCCGGAGAGGCGGCGCGCUAAAGCAGGUCGUGUACCUCGGCAAGCUGGGGGCGCUGCGCGCGGCGGUGCACCAUCGUCGGGAGGCACGUGACGCUGGGGAGCGUGCUGCAUGA